AUGAAUCGAAAUGAUAAUGAACUGCAUUUCAUUAAAGAUAUUUUUCAAAAUAAGCGAAAACAAACAAUCCGUCGAUUACAAGAUGAACUAGAUAAUACAACACAAUUACUCGAAUCCAUUCGUAGUAAAGGUGCUGAUCUAACUCAAUUGACAAAUUUUCUUGAUGGAACACUAAGUCAUAUUCGUUCCAGUGAUUCAACACUAACUCCAACGUCAACAACGAAUUGUUCGGAAUGUCGUCAAUUGAAAAGUGCACUUGUAUUGGAACUAACAGGCAAAGAACGUUUUCGUUUUGGUUAUGAACAACUUUCAUCUAUGAUUAAAGAAGCAGCGCCAAUACUUCGAAGACAAAAACAAGAUUAUGAAGCAUCAUUUGAAGUCAUUGCUAAAUUAACCAGUGAAUUAAACGAAGCUAGAAAAGAAUUGUCCGAAUUACAACAUUUAUCAGGUGAAAGCAUUGAAAAUUAUCGAUAUAUACAACGCGAAAAUCAAUUCUUAAUUAAUGAUAAUAAAUCAUUGGCUACAAAGAUUCAAGUACUUCUUGCUGAAAUCGAAGAAUUACGUACUGGAAAUCGUCCAUCAGAACGUGAAACGUCUGCCGAAUAUGAUCCAAAUCAGGAAGUACCAUUAACAUUUAGAAAUGUGGCUGAACUUCAACAUGUAAAUCAAAAAUUAGAUAAACUUGUGCGUGAAAUGCGUGCACAACACAAUAAUGACGAUGAGGAUCUAAAUCGAACAAGAUUUGAUGAACUCAAAAAAGAACAUCAACAACAACAACAAAAAUUAAAAGAAACAAAAAAUCAGUUCGAUUCAUUAGAAACACAAACGGCAUCACUAAUUCAAGAACGAGAUUUUCUCCGUUUAUUAGUUUCUCGUUCAUCAUCAUCACAAUCUACUUCAUCAACGAACCCAAUAGUUGAUUGUCAUCAAGUAGAAAAUCUACGAGAUCAAGUGAAUCGUUUACAAGAAAAAAUCGAUGCUCUAACAAAGAAAAAUACACAAUUAGCUAAUGAAAAAGAUGAUCUUAUCAGAACAUCAAAUGAAAAAGUGCGUUCGAUUCAAUAUGAACUUUUAACAGCACGAACUGAAGUUGAACAAACAAAUGAAAAACUAAGUCUAAUCAAUGAUGAACAAGCCACAAAUAGAUUAACAAUUGCUUCUUUGAGAACGGAAAUUAACGGUUGGCAAGAAAGACAUACCAUGUUGGCUCAAAUUAGAAAUAAACAAGAACAACAAUAUUUCAGUGUUUUAACAGAAUUACGCCAAUUGAAAGACGAAAAAUCUUCAUUAGAAUGCCGUUUAAACACAUUGGAAAACGAACGUAAAUUUGAUUCAAUAAAACAGGAACAAAUUGAAAAUGAAUGCAUGUUAUUAAAAAGUGAAAUCGUCAAAAAUGAACAAAUUCAGCCGGUUAUUGAAAAACUUCAAAAUUUAGCUGAAUUUACAAAAGAAAGAACUAAAGCUAUGUUUCAAGCUAAAAUAAAUGAUCUUACAAAACAAAAUGACGAAUUAAACGAAAGACUUCGUCAAAAUGAACAUGAAAAAGAACUAGUCGAGCGUACAUAUCAAUCGCGAUUAGAUGAAGUAAUACAAAACUUACAACAAGAAAAAUCAAAUCAUGCAGAAACACGAACGAAAUUUGCUGCAGAAAAAGAAAAAGCUGAGCAAGUACAAAAACAGCUUAGCGAUAUAGAAACAAAACUAAAUUCGAAUACAUAUCAAAAGACUGAUUUUGAACAACAACUGGGUGAUUAUGAAAAAGAAUUGAAAAUGCUUAGAGUUAAACUUGAUGCAGCUAAUAAUGAAUUAGAAUUAAAACAAACAUUAAUUCAGUCCAGUGCUGAUAAUGUCAAUCAAUUGAAUGCUAACGGACAAAAGGCAAUCGAUGAACUUGAAAAAGUCAAACAAGAGUUUGUAGAAAAAUCGAAUAAUUAUGAAAACGAAAUCGAACGACUUAAACAAGAUAUUGUUAAUCAUCAAUCCAUUGUUACUCAAAAUGAAGAAAAUAUUCGUUCAUUAAACGAACGCAUUCAAACAAUAAAUGAGCAACAUCAAGCUGAAUUGUUACAAUCAAAUGAACGCAAUGAACAGAUAGGCAACGAAAAAAAUGAACUUCUACAACAAAUACAAAAUAUCGAAGUAGCACGCGAUGAAAAUGAACAAUUAAAAGAAAACAUUAUUCAGUUGACAUCAACCAUUGAACAGCAACAAGCAAACUAUAGUGAAUUAGAAAGACAACAUAAUGAACUUUCACAAACAAUGAUGUCGUUACAAACUGACAAUGAACGAUUUCUCGAACAAAUUCAACAGUAUGAAACAACCAUCAUGCAAAAGGAUGACAUGCUAAAAGUUCAACAAGACAUAACUCAACAACUCGAGCAACGCUUUGCUGAACUCGAACAAAAACAUACUGAACAGCAUUCUCUAAUGAUUAAAUUAUCAACACAUUUAGCUGCCAAAGAAAGUGAAGCCAAUGCCUCAACAACUGAUUCGACAGUGAAUGAAACAUGGAAUACAAUACUGUCAAUGAACAACUAUCUUCGUGUUGAAAAUACUCGUUUAACCGAUGAUCUCGAACGUAUUCGAUUGGAAAUUAGCCAUUUAACUGAACGUAGUAAUAAAUUAGAACAAUCAUAUAUAAAUGAUCAACAGAUGAUCGACGAACUUAAAUUAAAAAAUCAAUCAUUACAAACGUUACAAGAACGCUUUGACAAUGAUCAACAGCAAAUAAGUGAUCUACAAGAGAAAUGCAAUUUAUGCGAACAAGAAAAAGAAAAUAUUCAACAAAAAAAUCAACUAUUUCAAACAACUAUUGAACAGCUCAAUCAAGAAAAACAACUGUUAAAUAAUCAAAUUAAAGAAUCCGAAGAACAAGCAUCUGCAAACCAAAACAAAUUAACUCUCAAAACAGCGGAAUUAGAACGGCAAGGAGCUGAAAUCGAUGAUCUCAAAGGAAGUUUAAAACAAAUUGAAUUCGACAAUCAAGCAUUGAAACAAAACAAUGCUAAAUUAAGAAAUAUUGCGAUUAAAUAUCGAUCAAGUGCUGUAGCUGCAGCUGCAACAAACCCAUCGGCUCCUGCCACAACGACAACAACGCCCGCAACCGAUGCCGAUGAACUGAUGAGCGCAGGCACAACAGAGGUUCCACCUACAACUGAAGUUGCACCAGAAGUCAAUAAAAAUCGUUCAUUAUCAGCUGAAUUAUCUGAAAAAAUGAAUAAACUUCGUGAUGCUCUUGUCAUGGCACGUACGACAAUAACAUCUCAACAAAAACGCAUGUCUCAAAUGACCACGGAAUUAACACGUGCAAAACAAGCCCGUAUAUCAAAUGAUCUCAAUGAGAUUCACUCAAUGGUUGAUAAUAUUCGGCAAGCUUAUGAAACUGAAAUCAAUGAUCUUAAACAUAUUAUACAAUUAUUUGAUAAUAUUGAUUCUAAUGAACAUAUGGCAGAAAUAGUACGUUUACGAAAAAAAAUCGACGAAUUAACGGCACCAAAUAAAUCCUCAACAAUAAUGAGCACAAUUACUAUAUCAACAAGCAAACAGUCAGAAGAUGUUUCAUCGAAAGCAGCUCGACCUCAAGCAUUUGCUUCUCCGAUGACACAAGAACCAGUUAUUUCUCGUGUUGCUCCAAUGGCUCCAUCCAGUGGUCGUCAAAUUGGUGUAGCAAUACCAAUGACAGCAUCAGCUACAUCAACAACUACAAGUGCGUCGCUUUGGACGGGUACAACUACAACAGAAACAACUACUACACAAGUAACAACUCCAGUUGAACAUCCAACAACAACUCAAUUAACAACAGCAGCUGGUGUUAAUCUAUUAAUGAAACGUACAAGACCUGAUGAUAAUGAUCAUAAGCCAACCGAAUCUACACUUAAACGAUCGAAACCAGAAACCGAAACUUCUCCAUUGAUUGCUCAUGUUGAACCGCAAGUACGAGAACAACAACAACAACAACACUCGAUUCCCAUUCAAGAGCAACAAGAAAUUAUUGAAACAAAUGUCAUGAGUACGACACGAACAGAUACAAUAAUGAUAUCUGCUGAGAAUGACGCAAUGAAUACAUCUAUGGAAGAAACAACCUCGACGGGCCAAUUAGAUGGUGGAGUUUCAUCGAAUAAUGCAGGUGCACCAUUAAUAAAUGUUGUUACCAAUGCUGAUACAACGGCUGGAACAACAACAAUAACCGAAUCAACUAAUAUAACUACUGCUGAGCAAACAGCUGAUCAGCGACGUGAUAUUUUACCAAUAGUUUACGAUGUGCAAUCAAUUACAACGCUUGGUGCUGGUGGAUCAGCUCAAAUAGCUCGUGGUACUACGGGUCGAACACGUCCUUUUAUUACUAUUUCGGGCACUCGCCGACCAUGGUCAACCCGAGGUGGAAUUGGUGGUGGCGGCAGUGGCGGCGGUAGCGGUGCAAGAGGAGGACCAGCUGGACGUGGCACUGGUGGCGUUGGACCAUCAGCUCGUCAAUAG